AUGUCCAAUGAAUUCUGGCUCCUGACGGUGCCCAACGAGGGCCGGACGCCGGAGCAGACCUUCGAGCGCCUGCGGCGCUACACGGACGAGUUCAGCAAGGGCUACCUCGUCCAGAUCCCGUCGCUGACCGUGGGCACUCUCGACAGCCUCAUGGCGCUGAGCGACGACAUGGAGAAGGUCGACAACAGCAUCGAGGUCGCGGUGCGGAAGAUCGAGCGCCAGUACGCGGAGAUCUGCGGCGGCAGCGGGAGGACGCGCGAGCCGCUGCUCAUCGACGCCGUGCCCGUGGAGCGCUACCUGCCGUCCUUCGUCUGGGAGCACGCCAAGUACCCGCACCGGCGCGCGCUGCCGGAGCUCGUGGGGUCGCUGCGGUCGUGCGUCGGCGCCAUCGAGGACGAGCUCAAGCACCUGACGAUCACGUACGCGGAGAAGACGCAGAAGCUCGCGAGCCUGAACCGGGGCGCGGCGGCGACCAAGGGCGCCAAGGCGUCGCUGGCGCUGAGCCCGCUCGAGGACGUGCUCCGGCCCGAGCAUCUGGAGGGCGUCGAAUUCCUCGACACGGAGUAUCUGGUGACCGUCGUCGUGGCGGUGCCCAAGCCCAAGGAGGCCCAGUUCCUCGAGACGUACGCGUCCAUCGCGUCCGACGUCGUGAUUUCGGACGGCGCGGCCUGCUCGCCGGCCGUGCCGGGGUCCGCGACGAAGCUCACGGGCGACGCCGAGGCGUGCCUCUACGCGGUGACGCUCCUCAAGGGCCGGCGCGCGCCGGGCAAGUUCGAGGGCGACGCCUGGGCGCCGGGCGCCUUCGUCGACUUCGUCCAGGCCUACGCGGCGGCGGCCAAGGCGCUCCAGUUCCAGCUCCGGCCGUUCUCCUACGACGCGGAGCGCGUCGCGCGGAACGAGUCCGAGCGCAAGGCGCUGGGCGCCGAGGUCGACCGCCUCCACGCGUCCAUCGUGCGCUGGUGCAAGGCCCACUUCGCCGAGAGCUUCGUCGCCUGGAUGCACCUCAAGGUCAUCCGCGCGUUCGUCGAGUCCGUGCUCCGAUACGGGCUGCCCGUGGACUUCGUCACCGCGCUCCUGCUGCCCCUGAAAUUCCGCGAGCCCCAGCUCCAGGCCGCCCUCGACAAGAUGUUCAGCCACCUCACGCGCGACGACGCCCGCGGCCUCGUCGAGGACGACGAGAAGGUCGGCGAGUACUACCCCUACGUCAUCCAGAAGUCCGCCGCGCUCCUCGCGUAG